AUGUAUCCAACGGAAGAGUCGCGACCAAGUGGCUCGUGUCUUGACUCGGAGAAAGUUGACACUGGAUUUAUAUCGUUUUUCCGUAACUUACCAGCAACUGUACCCGGAACGGUUCGUUUAUUCAAUCGUCAGGAUUUCUAUGCUGCGUACGGUGACGAUGCUUUAUAUGUUGCUGAUACAGUGUUCAAGACGAAAUCCGUCUUACGAUACUUAGGUGGCAAAUCUCGCGAGGAUAUAGGACUUCCUUCAUGCUCAUUAAGUUUGACGGCAGCUAAGAGCUUUUUGCGCGAUGCCCUCACAACGAAGCAACUGCGUGUCGAGAUCUGGGCAUCCACAAGCGGCGAUGGGUCAGGCAAACGCGGUAGCACAUGGGCUAUUGCUAAACAAGCAUCACCUGGAAAUCUGCAGGAAUUGGAGGACCUUCUGUUCUUGCAAUCAGAUGUUGUUUCAAGUCCUAUUGUGCUAGCCUUGCGCAUCAAGGUUGAAGAUGGUUUAAACCAAGUCGGAGCAGCUUUUGCUGAUGCCACAAAUCGAGAAUUCGGCAUCGCUGAAUAUGCAGAAACCGAUCUUUUUUCAAAUUCUGAGUCUUUAAUUAUUCAACUAGGCGUGAAAGAAUGCGUCUUGCCUACUGAUGAGGCUGGCUCCGAUUAUAACCUCCAAAAACUUCGUUCUAUGAUUGAAAGAUGUGGUUGCGUCAUUACAGAGGUUAGGCGUGGUCUUUUUGUUAACAAAUCUGUGGAAGAAGAUAUACUGCGCCUUUUACCCUCCUCGCAACAGGCAACAUUGACGUCCAACUUGAACAAAAAGCUAGCUAUGACAUCUGCAUCUGCGCUAAUUUCGUAUCUUAAUUUGUUGGGCGACGAGUCCAAUUUUGGCAAGUUUACUCUCUGUUCUCACGAUUUGUCCGAAUAUUUGCGAAUGGAUAACGCGGCUCUUAGAGCCCUGAAUUUGUUCCCAGAUCCUCAUGGCCAAGCAUCGGGCACCAACAAGGGCGCAAGCUUAUUUGGUCUUUUAAAUCACUGUAAAACAGCCCAAGGUAUUCGGAUGCUCAACCAAUGGUUAAAACAGCCACUGGUGAACUUGCAUGCCAUCCAAAAUCGACAAUCAAUGUUAUCUAUUUUGCUUGACGACCCUGAAGCAAGACAUCGGCUGCAAGAUGAUUUUCUCAAAUAUAUGCCUGAUAUGUUGCGAAUUGGAAAACGUUUUCAGCGAGGUGUUGCGACUUUGGAAGAUGUGGUGCGCUGUUAUCAAGCUGUGAUAAAAAUUCCGGAUCUCACACAAGUGCUGAGAUCCAUUGCUAUUGUAUCAGAAGCUGACUGCGCGCUGUUUCACAGCACAUUUGUGGCCCCAUUGGAUGAACUGUACCAGCAUCUCGUUAAACUUGUCGAGAUGGUUGAAAUGACACUGGAUUUGGACGAGUUACAGUACCACAAUUAUGUCAUUAAGCCCGAAUUCGAUGAAACCCUCCGCCUCAUUCGAACUAAGCUGGACGUAAUUCGCGAUCAGCUGGAUGAACAGCAUAUACAGGUCGGCCAUGAUUUGCGCCUUGAUACAGAAAAGAAGCUGCAUCUCGAAAAUCACUCUUCAUACGGCUAUUGCUUUCGCGUGACGCGUACGGAUGCAGGCGUUGUCAAAAAUCGAAACGGAUACUUGGACUUGAGUACAGUAAAGGGUGGUUUGUAUUUUACGACACCUUCUGUGCGUGAGUUGAACGAUGAAUUCCGUUCUCUUUCUGAGGACUAUGCGAGUACACAAAGCCGGCUCGUAAAAGACGUUAUCGACAUCGCCUCCUCAUAUACGCCACCUCUUGAACAUCUCAAUGUUGUUGUAGCUCAUCUGGAUGUGAUUGUGAGCCUUGCCCAUGUAUCGAGCAAUGCACCAAUUCCUUACACGAGACCUGAACUUAGGGAACGCGGUUCCUCCCUCGUCCUGCGUGACUCCCGCCACCCUUGCUUAGAAGUUCAGGAUGACAUUCAUUUUAUUCCAAACGACGUGAGCAUGGUGCCCAAUGAAUCCGAGUUUCUCGUCGUGACCGGACCGAAUAUGGGUGGAAAAUCUACGUAUUUGCGGCAAAUUGGCGUAAUCACACUUAUGGCCCAAAUUGGUUGUUUCGUUCCAGCGGCCGCUGGCGCUCAAAUACCGAUUUGUGAUUGCAUACUUGCUCGUGUUGGUGCUGGCGAUAGUCAACUCCGCGGUAUUAGCACAUUUAUGGCAGAAAUGCUAGAAACUGCCACCAUACUCAAGAGUGCAACCAGAGAUUCACUUGUUCUCAUUGAUGAAUUGGGUCGUGGAACGUCGACAUAUGAUGGGUUUGGCUUGGCGUGGGCGAUUUCCGAGUAUAUGGUCACACAAAUUCACUGCAAAUGUGUUUUUGCCACACAUUUUCAUGAGAUGACUAGCCUUGCACGAAAGCUGCCAGGCGUUGAAAACCUUCAUGUGGUUGCUCAUGUCACCCCCAGAGAAAAUGGCUCGCAGUUCGACAAGGACAUCACGCUGCUGUACAAAGUUGAACCUGGCUCAAGUGACCAGAGCUAUGGUAUCCAAAUUGCCGAACUCGCCGAUUUCCCCGAAGAUGUAAUUCGGUUAGCGAAGCGUAAAGCUGAGGAACUCGAAGGCAUUGAAGAUAAAAGAGAUAUAACACGCAUGGAUUCGGAUGUGACACACAAUGGCGUAGCUCUAGUGCAGGAGUUUCUGCAUGCAUACGAGGACCGCGUGCAAAUCACAAAACGACAGCGGAAGGACGACAAGCAUGCUCAGCUUGAAGCCCUAGAGUCAUGUAUGCGUGACUUUGACGAACGUAUACGAAACAAUGCAUGGACUUCGAAUAUAUUAAACAACUUUUGA